AAUCCGUGUAUUGCAGAAAAAAUAUUAUUCGCCUCUUCUAAAGCACUUUUCGAUAGAUGAAAAACGCGUAUGUAGGUAUUCGCUGACGACAUAACAUGACGUAGUUGCUAUAGCCUUGUUUCAAACUUGGCCCAGGCCCAACCUCUCCUCAUCACCACAGGGAUCAAACGGCAUCAUGGACGUUCUGCCAGUCAUAGGAGCAUGGGCUCUCAAUUCAGCGUGCCGCAUAUUCCACACGUCAUCACAGCCGUAUAUCCGGCAAUUUUGCGAUCAUGAGAACCCGGACAUAGCCGCUCUGAAGCGUCGCCUCUCGUUCGACGCCGUAGUUUACGCUGCUGGCACGGAAGCAUUCGUGGCCAGCACAGAACGAUGGAGCAACAUUGCCAAACCGAAUCCUCAAUGGAUCGUUGUUGCGGCGACAGAACAAGAUGUAGCGGAAACAGUCAAGUACGCAGUGGAGAUAGACGUCCCAUUUCUAGCUAUGAGCGGUCGCCAUGGCGCAAUGGCUUCUCUAGAAAGCAUGCAAGGCGGCAUUGGCAUUCGUCUGGACAAGCUUAAUUCUGUGGGAAUCAGCGCAGACAAUAGUACUGCGCGUAUUGGCGGUGGUGGUUUUACCAAAGAUGUCACGGACGCCCUGUGGAGAGUCAAUAAGCAAACUGUCACUGGAACCUGCGAAUGCACUGGCUACAUCGGGCCUGGCCUCGGCGGUGGUCAUGGCUGGCUGCAAGGGCGAUACGGCCUAAUUGCAGAUCAGUGGCUUUCGGCAAACAUUGUACUUGCUGAUGGCACUCUGGCCGUAGCAGAGCCAGAUUCCGAUCUCUGGUGGGCUCUCAAUGGUGCCGGCCACAACUUUGGCAUCAUCACUUCCGUAGUGUCCAAGAUUUAUGAUGUCAGGCAUCAACAAUGGGCCCAUACGAAGCUCAUAUUUGCAGGAGAGGAUGCAGACAAAGUGUAUGAAGCUGUGAAUACGCACCACCUUAGGGGAGGCUCACAGCCUGUCGACUUGAUCAGCUGGUCAUACAUGGUUAAUAUACCGCCACUAUCGGAAAAGCCGGUCAUCAUGAUGUUUAUUCUUCAAGAAGGCGUGUCAUCUAUAGAUACGCGAUACAUAGACCCCUUUCUGGAGCUCCAACCUCUCAACGUCGUGCAUGAAUCGGGGACGUAUGGGGAUCUAGCCAGAUGGGCUCAAAUUGACAUGGACGGUGCGCCGUGCAGAAAGUCUGGAGCAGCUAACAUACGGCACCCGAUUUAUCUCGAGGCUUACAACCCAGCUGCGGUUAGGAAGAUGUACAAUCGCUUUGCGGAAGUCGCUCACCAGGAUGGUCCUUUUGAAAAGUCUCUUGUCCUGCUGGAAGGGUAUUCCACGCAGGGUGUCAAAGCUGUUCCUGGAGAGUCUACAGCGUACGCAUUUCGAGAUGAUAAUUUGCUCAUUUCGCCGCUUAUCAUCUACGUUCCUGAUGGAGACAAGCUUGAUGCAGAGGCUGCUGCAGCUGGCCAAGAGCUUCGUGAUAUAAUCUACCAAGGGUCAGGCAGCGACGAGAUGCAUGCGUAUGUAAACUAUGCAUAUGAAACAGAGCCGCCGAAGAACCUGUAUGGCACUGAAGAUUGGCGACAACAGCGGCUCCUGGAUCUAAAGAACAAGUAUGAUCCCCAGAGAAGAUUCAACUUUUUCGGGCCGAUUGCAUAGAAGUCGCAGUCUAACCAAAGUCUUGUAAGGAGUGUUCUAUUUAUAUCAAAAUUCUUAUUAAGUAUCGAUGAGGUCGAUAAUACAGUCUAUGCGGUCUAAUACAAAAGAAAUGACAAGCCCCCCAGAAAGAAAACCAGAUGCCACGCUUCAAAGAAAACUAGUAGGAAAUCGUCACAGCCUUGCCCUCGUAGACGUUCUCAUCAGCCUUGAGAUAUAGCUGCUCAUACAUCCACUUGCCAACAUCGCCCCUGGAGAUGGUAUAUCCAAUAGCCUUCUUCUCCCACCCUCUGGUGACGUCUUCGACACCCACGCGAAUCUUGUGGUUGGUCUGUUCGCCAUCGGUCAAGAAGCUAGGGCGCACCAGUGUAAAACGCUCCCCCGAUGCAGCAACGAGUUCCUCCAUGACUUUCUUAUCGGCAUGCGGCAUCUUGAGCAUGUAGUGGUACAUGGGAAGGAAGGCAAUAGGCACAUCACGGCCAAACUUGGAGAUGCCAGUUGUGCUAAUAAUAAAAACUGCAGGGCGGCCUGUAGCCGAGCCCGAGGCACGCAGCUCCUUCAGGGCGUUGAGGAGGACCUUGAUGCCGUUCUUGCAGACGUCUGGGUCCGGGAUGGUCAUGGUCUUGAGAUCGAGCACGCCGCCAAUGGAGAAGUGGACAAUGUCGACGAGCUCAGAGGGGUUGGUGGGCUUGACGAGGCAGGCUGAGACGUCAGCUACGCUGUGUGCGUUGCCCUUUUUGAUGAUGAGGUUGGCGGGGUUCUUGGGGAACUCGGCCUCGAGUUUGGAGGGGGUGCGGCAGAGGGCAAUGCAUGUGUGGCCGGCGUCUACAGCGAGACGGAGAGCAGCGAGGCCGCAGCCGGCGGAAGCACCGAAGAAGGCGAUGGUCUUGGACAUUGUUGUUGUUGUUGUUGGUGUUGUUGGUGGCGGUGGUGAUGAUGUGUGUAGUGGUGGUAGUAGUGGAUAUUACUGAUGUUUGGAAGAUGGUAGAGUAAAGUAGUAGUGAUGGUAUAAGUAGUAGUAAUAGUAAGAUGUGAUUGUUUGUUGUAUUGGUGAUGUUGAUGAUGAUAUUGUUCACUUUCAAACAGGAUCACACUCCAUCUUUAUAUAUUUUGCUUCUCUGGAAACUGGAUGCGGACUCUUUUUUCUCUUCUUGCGGCGGACAAGAUCCCAAUCGAGGCAAAGUCCAUAUUCAUCGUCAAAGCCUCAGCCCAGCUCCACGCGGACUGCUUGCGCAAAGAGAUCGCCGCAGCCUCGCCCUUCGCUCUCUUUGGCGGGUAAUGUCAAACGAGGCUCUCCC